AUCACUCACCGGCCACUUUAUUAGGUACACCUGUUCAAUUGCUUGGUAACACAAAUUGCUAAUCAGCCAAUCACAUGGCAGCAACUCAAUGCAUUUAGGCAUCUAUACGUGGUGAAGACGACUUGCUGAAGUGUAAACCGAGCAUCAGAAUGGGGAAGAAAGGGGAUUUAAAUGACUUUAAACGUGGCAUGGUUGUUGGUGCCAGAUGGGCUGGUCUGAGUAUUUCAAAAACUGCUGAUCUACUGGGAUUUCACGCACAACCAUCUCUAGGGUUAACAGAGAAUGGUCUGAAAAAGAUAAAAUAUCCAGUGAGCGGCAGUUGUGUGGAUGACAAUGUCUUGUUGAUGUCAGAGGAGAAUGGGCAGACUGGUUUGAGAUGAUAGAUAGGCAACAGUUACUCAAAUAACCACUUGUUACAACCAAGGUAUGGAGAAUACCAUCUCUGAACGCACAACACGUCAAACCUUGAAGCAGAAGACCACACCGGGUGCCACUCCUGUCAGCUAAGAACAGGAAACUGAGGCUGCAAUUUGCACCAAAAUUGGACAAUAGAAGAUUGGAAAAAACGUUGCCUGGUCUGAUGAGUCUCGAUUUCAGUUGCGACAUUCAGAUGGUAGGAAUUUGGCAUAAACAACAUGAGAGCAAGGAUCCAUCCUGCCUUGUAUCAAUGGUUCAGGCUGCUGCUGCUGGUGGUUUAAUGGUGUGGGGGAUAUUUUCUUGGCACACUUUGGGCCCCUUAGUGCCAAUUGAGCAUUGUUUAAAUGCCACAGCCUACAUGCCACGGCCUAAUGCAGAAAGCUGCUUUUGUAGCAGGGGCAGGGGCCCUCUGGGGCAGUGUAGAGGCAGGAGAUGUAGGGGACCACUAGGGAGGAAGCAGCUGCCCAGCUUUACUAAUGAGGAGAACUGUGUACUGGUUAGCAAAAUUAGCCAGUACUACAGGAGCAUUAUAGGGGCAGGAGCGAGGAAAACAUCACAUACAAGGAAGAAUGUGCUGUGGGGGAGAAUUCUAGAUGCUGUGAAUACGGUUGGUGGGCAUAACCGCAAGGUAGAUGUUGUGAAGCAGCGGUAAGUACCAAUAAACAUUAUAUUUAUACCCAGAGAUAGGGCUGACAGCUGUUCCACACCAAAUACUGAUCAGCCAGUGGGGGAUCAGGUGAGAGAGGUACAGGGAGUCGGGAUCAGACCUCAGAUCUGACACCAUUUCAUACAGCGCCUGUUAUAUUCCCAUAUCGGCCCCCUGAUCAGACUUACAUCCCUGUACCCCAUCACCUUAUGCCAAAAUCAGGGCCUCAUCAGUUAAAUGUCGGUGUCCUUCAAAUAUUUUACUGCACAAGUAGUUGAUGUACUGGACCACCUUACCUCUUGCAAGGUGGUUAAAUACAUAUCUAAAGUCCCGAGCUGAAGACAACUGGUAACUGAUGGGGUUGUGCAACUGCCUUGUUCAAUGGCUAACCGGCUGUUUUGGGCCAGCGGUUCUCUGCAGCUCCCCAGAAGGACUUUUUGUUUUUAAUUCCUUUGCAAGGCUUAAACACACAGAGUUCCACAGAGAGUAGUGCAAAAACUAUGGGCCAGAUCACGAGUGGCAGCUAACAGUUCUGACAGAGAAAAUGUUAGAAGGUAUUUAUCCAGGGGUUGACAAAUCUGUUUAAAAUGUAGGAGCCAGUAGGAAUAUUUAGGAGCCACAGUGAUAUAUCUAAAUUGAUAUAUGGACAAUAACCUAAAAAGUUAGGAGUCAGGAGUAAAAUUCUAGGAGCCAGUGGCUCCCUGGGUUUGUCGAGCCCUGAUUUAUAAUGAUGUGGUAUGUGUUUGAAUGCAGGUUUUUUCAGGUAUAUAUGAAUUUACAUGCAAUUAACUAGUUAGUGACAUUUUAAUUUAUAUUAUAUUUUUUAAUGUCCAAUAGGCCCCGGAUCAAAAUAUAAAAUGAUAAAUAUAGAACAAGCUACGGAUCUGUUGUUCAUUCUUCUCUCUCUGUAUGCAUUUGUAUUAGGACCCUGGGGAGGUCUCCCUAAGGGUGAUGGGGGAAACCAGACUUGAACUCCUCGCCCAGUGUGCUUAAAGGAAUAUGGCUGAACUUCACUGACGAGUCCCACAGAAGUCCGAAACGCUCGUCUGGCAUUGUCAUGUUCCUUGGUCAGAGGAGAAUUCCCUGGUAUUUCUUGUUUGGACUGACCUUACUCGGCAGGAUCAGACCGAUAUACUUCAGAAAAGUCUCUGUGAAAAGCACAACUGGGCUAAAAGAGGCUGCUCCUAGUUAUUUUGACAUCAAGCGCAUAGUCAAGCGAAAACUCUCCAGGGCCAUAGACCAAACCAGAGGGACCGGCAGGAACCUUUUUGAAGUGGCUGAGCUGACCUCAUAUGAGGAGGAGCUUCUGCAGCUUCUGGGGAUGGAUAACAUACUUGGGGUAGGAGGGAGCCUUGAGAUUGGGGGAAGCGUUGACACAGAUGCACCAUCAUCCUUGUGGAGCCAUGUCAUUAUACCCUGUAAUGUACCACCUGCAGAACCAGAGCAUCGGGGGUCUCCGGCUACGGUACCAGCUCAACCACAGGUCAAGAGAGAAGAGGAAGGUUAUCUAGAGCCUGUGAACCGGGACAGGAGCUUUCCUUCUUUAAUAUCAGAACCAGAGCACGGGGUGCCUCCUGCUACGGUUCCAGCUCAACCACAGAUCAAGAAAGAAGAUCUUGUCCGUUAUCUAGAGCCUGUGACCCUAGAUAGGAACUUUCCUUCUUUAAUAUCAGCUUCUGAACAUCAGACAGUGGAAGAAACAACCAUGGUGACAGUAGGGGACCCUGAGCAUCCAACGUCUGAGGCUCCUGCUGAUCUACACUUCCCAUCUUCUACCUCCUCUGAUUUCCACUCUGUUGUCAGCAACAUCAAUUAUGACCCGACCAAUCGCAUGACGUUCCUGGAAGAUAAUAUUUUAUCUCUUAUGGCAUCACAGCACGAGCAGCAGAUGCGGGUACUAGAAAACUUGUGUAGUAAUGUACAGACACUGUGUUCUCAUGUACAGAACAUUUCUACAACCCUAGAGAGAACUUAUGGGGAUCUGCACUCGUUCUUAGAGUCCUGCAGGAGUUCGCAUCGAUAAAUCAAAACUUUUUUAACAGCUCAACUGGGCGUAGAUUUAAGGAAUCGGGGACCGUAAAUCACUGGAUCCUUUAUGGUCCCCCUGCCAGGGAAGACGCACAGAAUGACAGGUUAGAACAAAAACCCUCCAAAUACAAAGGUUUCAAAGAGAAAUCUAGUUCCUAACCUCCUGUACUACUGACGUUCUUUCACCUCUCUUGCUUGGAAGUCUCACUCUGCCCGGCCUUACUAAAUCUGCCUUAAUAAGGUUGAGAAUAAAUUUAGUUAGAACAUA